AUGAAAACUCUCCAGCUCGGUACGCGCGGCCCUGUGGUGUCCGCUAUUUGUCUCGGUUCGAUGACGUGGGGCCGACAAAAUAGCGAGCAACAAGCUCACCAGCAACUGGAUUACGCCAGCGAGCGCGGCGUUAAUUUUAUCGAUACUGCUGAGCUCUACCCGGUUAAUCUGGUUAAACCGGAAACGGCCGGUGUGACCGAAACCAUUAUCGGCAACUGGUUAUAUCGUCAGGGCGGCCGCGAUAAGAAAGUGAUUGCUACGAAAGCCACCGGAUUCGGACAGAUUGGACUCCGAAACGGCGCGCCACUCACUGGUAAAAUACUGCGCAGCACGGUGGAAGCCUCACUGAAAAGAUUGCAAACCGACUAUAUCGAUAUUUACCAACUGCACGUGCCUAAUCGACCUGGUUAUCAUUUUCGCGGUAUCUGGAAUUUCCAACCGCAGAAUAAUCGGGAAGCGAUUUUGGAGAAUAUGGCGGAUUGCCUGCAGGCGCUGGCGGAUUUACAACAGGCGGGGAAAAUCCGUCAUUUUGGCUUAUCCAAUGAAUCCUGUUGGGGCAUGUCGCAGUGGCUACGGUUGGCCGAUCAAGGUUUAGGUCCGCGCCCAGUCACCAUUCAAAAUGAAUAUUCAUUACUUUGCCGCUAUUUCGAUGCAGAUUUAGCCGAGCUGGCAGUGAACGAAGGCAUUUCACUGCUGGCUUACUCCCCUUCCGCUCAAGGUUUAUUGAGCGGAAAACAUACGGCCGGGAUUAUUCCAGAACAUUCUCGUCGGAAUGUUAAUAUCGGUUUAGGUGGCAGAUGCACACCCAAUGUCUGGCCAGCGAUUGACGCUUAUCUGCAAAUAGCACGUGAGGCUGAAGUGCAUCCGGUCACGCUGGCCAUCGCGUUUGUGAUGUCGCGUUAUUUCACUGCGGUGCCGAUUGUUGGCGCUUCCGCCGUUGAGCAACUUUAUCCUUCACUGGAUGCCGCUUCCUUUGUCAUCACCGACUCUCUCGCCAGGCGGAUUGCUGACGUCUACAAGACGCAUCCGAUGCCCUUUUAA